AUGAUGGGGUGGGGAGAAGUCGUCUCGAGCCAGCUGCUGAUAGAGUCGCUGUCCUUGCCGGCGGCGUCGUUGCCGGCAGUUCUUUUCACCGCCGCGGCCUUGGCCGCCGGCGCCUUUGCGGUCUACUUCUACAUCCCAUCAUGGCGCGUGCGCAGGGUCCCCGGGCCGGUCGCGCUCCCGCUCGUCGGACACCUGCCGCUGUUCGUCAAGCACGGCCCGGGACUGUUCCGCAUGUUGGCAAAGGAAUACGGGCCAAUCUACAGGUUCCACAUGGGUAGGCAGCCACUGGUUAUGGUGGCAGACGCGGAGCUUUGCAAGGAGGUGGGUAUCAAGAAGUUCAAGAGCAUCCCCAACAGAAGCAUACCGACUCCAAUUCGUGGCUCACCUAUUCACAACAAGGGCCUCUUCUUCACCAGGGACGCGAGAUGGCAAUCCAUGCGGAACGUCAUCCUCUCCAUCUACCAGCCGUCGCACGUGGCAAGCCUCAUCCCGGCCAUCCAACCAUACGUCGAGCGGGCAGGGCGUCUCCUCCACCCCGGCGAGGAGAUCACCUUCUCGGACCUCUCCUUAAAGCUCUUCAAUGACACCAUCGGCCAGGUCGCCUUCGGUGUCGACUUCGGCCUCACCAAGGACACGGCCACCUCGCCGCCGCCGCCGCAGCAACAUGCCAAGAGCGUCGACCCGGCCACCGACUUCAUCCGGAAGCACUUCCACGCCACGACGUCGCUCAAGAUGGACCUGUCGGGCCCACUGUCCAUCGUGCUCGGCCAGUUCGUGCCGUUCCUCCAGGAGCCCGUGCGGCAGCUUAUGUUGCGCGUGCCAGGCUCGGCCGACCGGCGCCUGGAAGAGGCCAACUCGGACAUGAGCGGCCUUCUUGAUGAGAUUGUGGCCGAGCGGGCGGCGCAGGCGGACAGGGGCCAGAAGAACUUCCUGUCCGUGUUGCUCAACGCCAGAGAGAGCACGGAGGCCAUGAAGAAGCUACUCACUCCGGACUACGUGAGCGCACUCACGUACGAGCACCUGCUCGCCGGGUCUGUCACCAUGUCGUUCACGCUGUCCAGCCUGGUCUACCUCAUGGCGAUGCACCCGGAGGUGGAGGAGAAGCUGCUCCGGGAGAUCGACGCUUUUGGGCCAAAGGACGUGGUGCCCAGCUCCGACGACCUUCAGACAAAGUUUCCCUACGUUGAACAGGUUGUGAAGGAAACAAUGAGAUUCUUCACUGCAUCUCCACUGGUUGCAAGGCAAGCAUCCGAGGAUGUUGAGGUUGGAGGGUACCUCCUGCCCAAGGGCACCUGGGUGUGGCUGGCGCCCGGCGUGCUGGCGAAAGAUCCGAAGGACUUUCCAGACCCGGACGUGUUCCGGCCGGAGCGUUUCGACCCGGAGAGUGAGGAGUGCAAGCGAAGGCACCCCUACGCGUUCAUCCCCUUCGGUAUCGGCCCCCGGGCAUGCAUCGGCCAGAAGUUUGCUAUGCAGCAGCUGAAGCUAGUCGUCAUCCACCUCUACCGCAACUACAUCUUCAGGCACUCGCCCAGGAUGGAGUUUCCCCUGCAGUUCCAGUACUCCAUUUUGGUCAACUUCAAGUAUGGUGUCAAGGUCCAGGUCAUCGAGAGGAAGAACUGA